ACAGAAACGAUCGCCUCGAAGCACGUUGGGCACGCUGUCAAAUCCACGUGGUGAAAUCAUCAGCAGACCAUUCAAGUCUCUUCGAGAUCAUGGCCUCCCAGGCUGGCCCAGUCACCCUGUUCUGGAUCGAGCCCGGCCACUUCACAUCUCGAGCCGUCACACUGGUGCAACCCGCGGGGGUGACGGAUAGAGAGUUUCCGUCCAAUUUCUUCAUCAAGAACAAAGCCGUCAAGCCAUCGGUCAGGGUGUGCAAGGACACUCUCUCCAUGGGCCAACUACGACAAAUUGUAACAGCUGGCAUCAGAACAACAAACCUCAAGGUGGAGCACGCCACAAUGUUCCUUUACAAGUUUGGGCUCAACCUCCGAGAAAAGCUCCAAGAGGAUUGGACGUCUUAUGGGGUCAGGAUUGGCUCCAAAGAUGAUGAGAUUACACCAUGGGACAUCAUCGAUGUUCAGAUCUCGGCGACAGUGGACCCACCCGCUGCAACAACAGAGCCCGUGACUCCGAUGUCCGACAGGGCGUUGUUUGGAUACCUGGUCUUUGUCUACCGGGUCUUGACGGUGAAAGAUCGAGGCACUGUGCAAUACCGGAAUAAUGUGCAGGGGAAGCUGGCAGCUUUGCUGCUGACUCCGCCGUUUUCGGCGCCAUCCGCUGACUUUUCAGGGGCAGGCGGAUCAUACUCGGGCUGGUAUUCUAAUCAUACUUACCUGGGUAUGGUCGCUGCCCUUGACAUGUUUUUCCAUCGAUUUCCAACGAACGAACUGGCCCCUGCCCGAAUCGGUACCAUGCCAUCGCGCUUUCGCGAUUGCUCUGUGCAAACUGCGUUAGUGCAGUUGGUGAAGACGGCCAGGCUCUCUCUACAGGAACUUUACCAGUGGAUCUUUGUUGAUGUAGUCGCCGAUGACGCGGUAGCUAUCAUGAAGAGCGGGGAAGAGAUGCAUCUGGCUCACUCUUACGCCCCUUACCUCUCAGAUCUCCGGCUGGUCCAGAAAUCACCCUACUCAGCGGCUUCUAACUGUGCGUUACACACAUGGUUACACACACUGGGGAGCCUUUUGUUGUCAGAAAGAUCGUUGAAUGCACGACACAUAUCCGAUUUUCACUUUGACGAAAUUGCCCAAAACGUUCUGCUGCUCGCCUUCGCUCAACGCGGAGUCAACGAAUUCAGACUAUGUUUCGUGAAUGAUCUUGCGAAAGCCGAGGAGGAAUCCCGACGCUGCCUUUGGACGGACCAGUACUGUCAAGAGCUCGGUACCCCCGACUACACGCGACCCGUUAGAGUGGUACACCUUCCUCGCGUCGAAACAGCACCAGGCGCCACAAGAGAUAUACAGGCACUUUCACAGGCUUAUGGAAGGCCUAAAAAAUCUCCGAGAAGGAACAAUCGGAGACAAGAUCCGGACAUAUCUCAGGGCCUACGGCACAAACUGGAAGUAAACCGAAGGUGAGAGCCCACUAAAGUCGUCCAGAGCCGUUCGAAGACACCGCGAGCAGCGGGUAAAGUGAGGCCGCAAAGUGUAGUCAAGUGCCACAACUAGUGGACUCCGAGCAGAGUGCUUGAGAGGUUUAAUCUCUUUUGUUUACGACAGGUGCAUGUGAUGAUGGGAGAAAGAAGGCAUACGUUUAUGUCUGAUUACCCAAUCAACUUCACCCGAGAGGAGCUACAGCGUAUACUUGUUAUUUUGUGGCCCUUGUACUUGCAUCAGGGUUGUUGGUAUCACACAUCUUUCGAACUGCAAGGCCACACCCAGAAGAUGGACCUGGUAGUAGCCACACAGCUGCUGGGGCACAUUGUCUACGUGAUAUAGUCAGUGAUGGUAAGAAUUGUGGGUUGGGAGUUUCUUUGUGGCGUAACUGUUGAUAUCAUCGACGAGCGCAGUGUCAUUGGUAGAUUGUUGAGGUGGUUGUGGUGUGUUUGGGGAAACGGUUUGCAAAUGCAGCGUAAGUGAACUGUGGAGAAGGAAGGGGGCGGCAUGGAGCGGAGGCAGAAGCUUGGAGAGAAGGCAGGGUUGGAGGGACAUGCGGGGAGUGGAGUGAAGAGGCCUAGUGUGCAGGGUGGUCGUUGCCACGCUCGUCCACGAUGCAGCGAGCAGCUGCGAUGCGCUGUCGUCCUCCAGCUCUCCUCGUAACUUGGAGGACCUCUUCCACCGAGUUAUCGUUGUCCACGACAUCUAGCUCGAUGUUGCUCUUGGUCCUAAAGAUAUAUUAAACAUUUUUUUAUUGAUU